GGCAAUAAAAAACCGGAAAUUUUUAAAAAUAUGAGCAGGCCGGAUGUUUUACUAUAUGACUUGAAUGUACCAAACUUAAAUCAAAAUGCAUCAGUUGAAUUUUUAGUCGAUCAAGAAUCAUACUUGGAGGAUAGUAGCAAUACAUUACAAAAACACAGGAGAAUAAGAACAACAUUUACACCGAAUCAACUUAUAGAACUUGAAACUCUAUUUCAGGAAACCCAUUAUCCUGACCUAUAUUUGCGUGAAGAAAUUGCUAUGAAAAUUGGAUUAACAGAAGCUCGAAUACAGGUAUGGUUUCAAAAUAGAAGAGCCAAAUUCAGAAAAGAAGAAAAGCAAAAUCAACGUAAAUUGCGGGAACAUUUUUAAUUUGAA